GAGGAAUGGAGCCUCCUUGAUGAGGGUCAGAGACAGCUGUACCUGAAUGUGAUGCUGGAGAACUUUGAACUUCUGUCCUCCCUGGAUUUGCAUCAUUUAUCCCAUGCUAUGGCUCCAAUGGGAUUGAAGGGAAAGAAUCAUUUCUGCAUCACAGAAGAAACACGACUUUAUGAAUGACACAAUGGACCCCCAGGCGGUCUUGCCUUGGGGAAGGGUCUUUGGGGAGGAAUUCACAGCUGGCCUUUGUUGCAUUCAUAGCUAGAAACCCAGUGUUUGGUUACAGUUGCCCGUUCCUCAUCCAGUUAUGCUUGUUUGUGCUUAUUGUUGAUACUUUGCCAAUUCCUCAGUUCUAAUAGUGAUCAUUUCUACUCAGAUUCCCAGCGCAAGGAAAACCUUAACUUCUGUAAUUUGCACCUCUGCCUAUUUCACAGGUCUCCCUUUACUGCACUCCAACUUUGGUCCAUGCCUGCUGCACCUUGGAGAGCACUCGUAUUAUUAUAUAGACGUUGAACUUCAUGUGCUCUAAUACAAUUAAUUUUUGUGGCUUUGAGCAGCUUUAAAUUUUUACACAGACUCACGUGGCCAGGAUAUAAGGUCAUAAAGGAAGGCCUUUGUGCAGGAACAAUGAAUAGAGCCUUCCUCUCUUCUUUGUAUCCCAUCCUGUGCUUCUGUCCCUCUCUUGGUUGCUGCUGUGGAGCAGAGAAUGUGGAGGCACCGACUGGGAAGAACAUUUCUGUAGGGGUGUUACAGAGAGGUCACACUGAAGAAAGGCCUUAUCAGUGCAGUGAAUAUGGGAAAUCUUUUAGCAGUAGUAACUGCCUAGAUGACCACCAAGCUUUGUACACUGGAGAAAGGCCUUAUGCGAGCAGUGAAUGUGGAAAAGCUUUUACCAGAAGCAGUGCCCUCCAUGAUGAUCAGGGAGUUCACACAGAAGAAAGGCCUUAUGAGUACAGUGAGUGUGGGAAACCUUUUACCAGUAGCAGUAACCUUCAUUGUCAUCAGAGAGUUCACACUGGAGAAAAGCCUUAUAAAUGUAGUGAGUGUGGGAAAGCUUACUGCAGUUGCACUAAACUUUGUUGUCAUCAGAGAGUGCACACUGGAGAAAGGCCUUAUCAUUUCAGUGACGGUGGGAAAUCCUUUACCACUAAGACCCACUUUCCUAGUCAUCAGAGAGUGCAUACAGGAGAAAAUCGUUAUAAAUGCAGUGAAUGUGGAAAGUCUUUUACAAGGAGCACUGGUCUCCAAUAUCAUCAGAGAGUUCACACAGGAGAAAAGCCUUAUCAGUGCAGUGAAUGUGGGAAAACUUUUACAGGUCCCAGUGGUCUCCAAUAUCAUCAGAGAGUUCACACUGGAGAGAAGCCUUAUCAGUGCAGUGAAUGUGGGAAAUCCUUUAUCACUAAGACCCACCUUCAUAGACAUCGGAGAGUUCAUACAGGAGAAAAGGCUUAUAAAUGCAGUGACUGUGGGAAAUCUUUUACCACAUUCACUGACCUUUGUCAUCAUCAGAGAAUUCAUCUUGGAGAAAAGCCUUAUAAAUGUACUGAAUGUGGAAAAGCUUACACCAGUAGCACUAAACUUUGUCGUCAUCAGAGAGUGCACAAUGGAGACAGGCUUUAUCACUGCAGUGAAUGUGAGAAAUCUUUUAUCACUACCACUAAACUUUGUCAUCAUCAGAGAGUUCACACUGGAGAAAAGCCUUAUAAAUGCAGAGAAUGUGAUAAAUCUUUUACCACUAACACCAACCUUCGUAGUCAUCAGAGAGUUCAUACCGGAGAAAAGCCUUAUCAAUGCAGUGACUGUGGGAAAUCUUUUACCUGGAACAGUGAUCUUCGUCGUCAUCAGAUAGUUCAUACAGGAGAAAAUCCUUAUAAAUGCAGUGAAUGUGGAAAGUCUUUUACAAGUAGCACUCGUCUCAAAUAUCAUCAGAGAGUUCACACUGGAGAAAAGCCUUAUAAAUGCAGUGAAUGUGGGAAAUCUUUUACCUGUAGUACUAACCUUCAUACUCAUCAGAGAGUGCACACUGCAGAGAAGCCUUAUAAAUGCAGUGAAUGUGGGAAAUCUUUUACCUGUAGUACUAACCUUCAUACUCAUCAGAGAGUGCACACUGCAGAGAAGCCUUAUAAAUGCAGUGAAUGUGGGAAAUCUUUUACCUGUAGUACUAACCUUCAUACUCAUCAGAGAGUGCACACUGCAGAGAAGCCUUAUAAAUGCAGUGAAUGUGGGAAAUCUUUUACCUGUAGCAAUGGUCUUCAAAAUCAUCAGAGAGCUCACACUGGAGAAAGCUGUUAUGAGUGCAAUUAAUGUGAGAUAUCUCUCAGUCUAAUUUGUAAAUAAUUCUACAUAACAAAGUCCGGAUAUGAUAAGGUUCUUAGAUGUGUAGGAAAUGUAGUUUUUUAAUAAGGAUUUAUCAAUUGUAUAAGAAAAUAAAUAAAGUCUCAUUAGUCUGAAUUACAUCUCAUACAGUUAAUCGCCUACAUUCUGUAACAUCUCCACAACUUUUUCUGCUGUUUUGUUUGUUUGUUUUUAUGUUGGAAGUAUAUGUAUCUAUGUUGCACUUUCUAAUAUACAGAGAUGUCCUGCCCGAUCUAUGUCACUGCAUAUUUCUGUUGCUGAAGCUCUUUCCCCGGAUUCACCUGUAAGGACCUUACGGGUGGCCACAAUCACCAUCCUCAUGUGCCCAGGGAAGCUAAUUUUGUUGUCUAAUUUGUUGAAGAAAAUUAGGAAUACCUGGCCCUUGUUUCCCUGGUAUGAGUCGCCACAUAGGACCGAUUACUGUUGGCGCCAGUAAACAUAAUGUUGCAGAAGAAAUGCCAUUUUAAGGGACACAUUUUCCCUAUAUCCUAAUGUUGAGUUUUUUUAUCGCGUGCCUAAGUCAUCAAUGGGAGAACUGCCAGUCUCAGAUCUCUUUCUUUGCAAAGUAAUGGUUCUUUCCUAGGACUUCUUUAAUGUGUUCUGUUGAUCCUGUGGGUUAGUUUAUAAAAAGAUCUGGGCUCUCUGAGCAUGAUGAGGUGAAACACUUUUAUAGGGUCUCAAACAUUUUUGUCCUGGGGGGAAGACUAUGGUGCAGAAAUUAGCUCAGCAGUUUUGCCAAAUUUACAUUGCUGCCCAUAAUUUCCUAGGAAAUACUGUGGACUCUAGUUCUCAUGUGAAGCUGGAUGCUUUGAGACGCAGAGAUCACACCAAAGAGGGAGUAGCUGUGACAACCUCAAGUAUGUCUGGGAGCAGUGUGAAUUUUUUUUCUUGUUUUCAAGGGAUGCUAAGACAUCUGAAGGAAUUCUUUUGCCCAGGUGUUGCAGAGGGCCAUGUGCCCUAAUGCCUUCAAUUGCAUGGGUGAUGGGCACUUGUUGGAGGACCAUCACAGUGAGGGGGACCCCUUCACUGCAGAAUCACUGACCUAAUUCUUGUUGGACCAGACUGCAGCCCAUUAGAAGGAAUGGUCUUCAUCUAAACCUGCACC